AUGUUUUUGAAAGCUCCAUCUUCUCUUUAAAAAGCCAUCACAAACACCGCAGCAAUAUGAGCAAAGAAAUAAAGAAGAAACAGCAUAACAUAUGGGAUCCAAAGACCAAAAAAUUGCAUUGCUCAAUCAACAUUUGGAGCAACUCGGUUCAAUUACUAAUUCCCCUUCUGUGAAUAAGGCAUCAAUCAUCGUCCAUGCAUCUAAGUACAUAGAGGAAUUAAAGGAAAGGAUAGACAAGUUAAAUGAAGAUGUCUCAACCUCACAACCUUCUCAUGUUGAUGAUGAAAAUUCCUUACCAUUGGUUACAGUAGAAACCCUAGAAAAGGGAUUUGUAAUAAAUGUGUUCUCAGAAAAGAAUUGCCCUGGAUUGUUAGUCUCCAUUUUGGAAGCAUUUGAAGAGCUUGGCCUUGAAUUAUCGGAUGCUAGGGUUUCUUGUUCCGAUAGUUUUCGCCUUGAAGCUGUUAGUGAAAAUACCUGAUAUCAGGGGCGGGGCGGAUUUACAUUGGAUGGAGCAGUGUUACGUGACACCAUUUAAUCGAAAAAUUUCACUUCUGAACAGUAAAAACGAUAUAAAAAUAAGUGGAGGAUACCACUUCAUGAACACGUUCCUUUGGUCCAGCGGGGGAAGAUGCUACAUAUUAUUAGAUAGGUGACAGCAACAAGUCCCCACUGUGUAGCUUGGCUUCUUUUUUUCCUUUUAGCAAAAUACUCACUAUAUCAAUCUUGCUAAGUACUGUCAUCUUUACCUGCUAGUGACCAAGGUUUAGCAUUAUUUAUUUAUUACUUUCUUUUUUUGAAAUUGUUAUCCCUUUUUUUGUUUUCCUUUUUGAAUGUUAAUGACAAUUACAUUAUUGCAUUUAACUGACUUUUUAUUUAUA